AUGCGAACCGGCUCCUCUUUCGUGGGCGAGCUGUUAGGUAACUCCCAAGACAUCUUCUAUCUCUUCGAACCAGGGCUGAGUCUUUUGAACACGCUCGAGGGACUGGAAGGUCAAAGGGAGGUUUUAAGGAGCUCGUACCUCGGGAUGCUUCGGCGGUUGUACCGUUGUGAUUUCAAACACCUAGAUUUUUACCUAGAGUGGUUGUCUCGACGACAGACCUUGCUGCCAAAGUUUGCACCGAGACUGCAUGAUCUGUGCUCCAACUCCCUCAUCAGAGGAAAGUGCAUGCUAACCCGAGGCAUGGCAACUGGAAGUUGCCUACAGAGCGGGUAUAUCGUGGUGAAGUCGAUUCGUGUGCGAGACAUCAUGGUCUUGUUGCCGAUGAUGGAGGAUUCGGCCACAAACUUGAAAGUAAUACACUUAUUACGAGACCCACGACCCACGAUUGCAUCGCGAGUCCUUGCUCAGACAAAAAAGAAAGUUACUCAGCUCUCCCAAAGUGUCCGAGAAUACCUUUACCUCCACUGUAAGUUUAACUUGGAGAACUUUGAGCUUGGAACGCGAAAUCCGUAUAUAAAGAAUCGCUACAUGUUUUUGAGAUACGAGGAUGCGGCAAUGGAUCCCUUAGCGGCUGCCAAACGGAUGCACCGAUUUCUGGGUCACAAGGAGGUACCAGAGUCUGUGUUGAAGUGGAUCGCGGCUAACACUGAGUCCAAGAAGCCGGCACUAACUUAUUCCACUGCCAGGAACUCCAGCGAAGCCUAUCGAGCCUGGCGCAGCAACCUCCCGUUCGACACGGCCAAAGAGAUAGAGGAGACGGGAGAGUGUCCGCAGAUGAUGGCGCGUCUUGGGUACCAUUCGCUAGAAGAUGAGACGCACCUCAGGAACAUGUCGCGGUCACUCGUUGGCAGUAUUCCCAUCGGUCACGACGACAGAAAGUAUGAUUGGGUUUGGGAGCUUUAA